UAUUUAUUUAUUCGCCAGCCUUAGGGUAUUUUUCUUGGAUACGUGAAUAACAAUUCAAUGCCUUAAAAACAGUCAUUAAAUGGCAAGAUCUUUUACUUGAAACCGAUGGAUAAUAGUGGCGGUAGAAUUUGAACAAUCUUAUUAUCGUUGUGCUGUAAUAGAAGUGUCCUCGAAGAAGAAAAAAGGAAAGAAAUCGUAGUUUUGAGCUUCUUGUUGGUGGUUCGUCUCAAGCAGAUAUGUCCCUUCUCAAGGUUGUUGUCUCGUCAACACGGAAUUCAACAGAAACAGUGGCUGCACUCGAGAGAGAUGUAGACGAACGUUCGCCUUCAUCUUCUACCCAUAAUGUUGACCAAGAAUUGCCUGAUCAUAACCAAUUGGCCAAUGAACCUUCCCAGGAGGAAAACCCAAACUCCCCAUUGCUAUCAGCAGCUAGCACACUGUCCAAAAAAGGAUCAAUCACAUCACAAGACAUUUGCAGGAUUUGUCAUUGUGAAGCUGAAUUUGAGGCUCCAUUAGUAGCACCUUGUUGUUGUGCAGGUUCACUGAAAUAUGUGCAUCAAGGAUGUUUACAGCGAUGGGUCCAAAGUUCUGACAUGAAGAAUUGCGAGCUUUGCAAGUAUCCUUUUAUCAUGCAAACAAAAAUCAAGCCAUUCAAAGAAUGGGAAAAACUAGACAUGUCCUCAAUGGAACGUCGAAAACUGGCCUGUUCGGUGACUUUUCACGCUGUGGCAUUCACGUGCGUGAUCUGGUCCCUUUACGUGUUGAUCGAUCGAUCGGCAGAAGAAUAUUACUCUGGCCAGUUACAGUGGCCUUUUUGGACUAAGCUGGUUGUCGUGGCGAUUGGGUUUACAGGUGGUGUAGUAUUCAUGUACGUACAGUGUACCAUGUACUUAACGCUGUGUCGAAGAUGGCGGGCCUAUAAUCGAGUCAUUUUAGUUCAAAAUGCUCCCAAUAAAACCGGCAAUGCGUCAACAAUUAUAACCCUACCAAGCGAUGCAGUCAACAUCAAGCAAAACGGUGCUAAAAGAAAAGGAGAGAAAAAAGCUUCGGUGCCUGUUCAGCCAGUCGUGACGAUCGCAUCAGCUUUUACCGGGGGCAAUCUGCGGUCUAAAGUAGGUGCAGGUAGUAGCGGUACGACGGUCAUCGACCCCGCCGGCUUCGACACUAGCCAUGACCACCAGUUGGUGGAGAGCAUCGUCGUCAGCGAAUCGGCUCAAGCCGAAGAGAUGGCCGCCCUACUCGAUCUGAAAACCCAGCCGUCCACGUCAAAACAAGCGUCACCCGAUGACGACAUCAUUAUUCCAUCCAUUCAGAAUCUAUUUAGUCUAGUCUUCAGGUAUUCGACUAGCCGAGUACUCAGAGAAAAUGUGGGAUAAUUUUGUAUAACACAACAAAUUAUCUUAAAAAAAAAAAAGAGAAAAUAUUAUUAAACCUAAAAAAAAAAAUCAAUAAUCGAGAACAUUAACAUAUUGGGCAAUUUGUCCGAAAAAAAAAUGUAUGUUGCUAGAACGGUGUCUUGAUUACGCAUUAGGUCGUCUCUAUUUUCUUGUUUAGGGGAAAGACGAACAUUAAAAAUUAGUUAAAAACAAAAUAACAAAAAAAAAAAAUAUUUCACUCUUGCAGCAGUCUGUGGAUCUGUGAUAGACAGCUUAUCAUUAAUAUUAUUAUUUUCCCCUUUAUGAUUUUCACCGAAUAAGUUGCAACAAUUGUUAAUUCGAUUCCUUUCUUUUUUGUUUUUCUUUCCGCCCUGAUUGCGUUUUCCGAUAAUGGCUGUGUCAUCAUUUCUCAGUAAUGAAAUUCGGUCCUGGUUGGUUGAUUUAGUUUCACUUUUGAUCCUGUUCCCCUUUUUUGUUUCGCCCUCUCCUCCCUUUUUUUUUUUUUUUUUUUGGUUUCUGGUUGUUUCUGUUUGUUUACUUUGCUCGUUUUGUUCUGCCAUUUUUGUUUUUGUUUCAAUGUUUUGAAACUGGAAAGAAUUUCGCCCACCUAAAAUACAAUUGGUGCGUUGGCCCUCGUUGGAAUGUA